AUGUCUGAGAGCUUUACAUCCUUUCAUACUCUGCAACUCCAAGAGAGAAGGAAGCGGGUUCAAAGGCAACACAAGGUGAAGGAGAGAUAUGAUGAGGAAGAAGAUCAAGAGCAGCUUGAUGAUAUGGGCAUAGCAACCGUACCGCCACUUCUUCCAACACCACCAUCAAUCUUCUCAAGCUCAUCAUCAAAAGGUCAUCACCACCACUCAAUUAUUGAUUCAGAAAGCUACUCCAAUUCUCCUAAUUCUAUGUCCCAAGACUAUCACCACCAAGGCAUCUUCACCUUCUCCAAUGGCUUCGAGAGAUCGGCUAUGACAACCCACCAAGAGCAGCAACAGCAGCAGCAACACCACUUGGCCCAACAGAUCCGGAGAGAAAAGCUGAGGGUGCAAGGCUUCGAAACCCCGCCCCCUCCACCAUUGGUUGGCCUAGACGAAGAAGAAUCCGGAGGCCUUCCGGUGUAUGAAACCGCGGGCAUGUUGUCCGAGAUGUUCAAUUACCCCCCAGGUGGCGGCCCUGCUGGAGCCGCCGAACUGCUGGAGCAUCCGAUGGCUCAGGCCUAUCGGAUGGCUCGGCAGCAGCAGGAGCCUGUGUCUGGUGCGGCCGAGUGGUACGGAAGCAGAGUGGUGGGGGGUGGAUUGGGAGCAUUGGGAGAUUCAAAAAAUCACAAUAGCCGCGACAGUAUUCAGCAUCAUCAUCAACAGCAGCAUCAGAUUUCAACAAUUAAUGCGGACUCAGCAGCAGCCAUGCAGCUUUUUCUUAUGAACCCAUCACAACCAAGAUCGCCUUCUCCUCCAGCUCACACAACUUCUUCCACCCUCCACAUGUUGCUUCCAAACCCAUCAUCCACUACCAACUCACUCCAAGGCUUUGCUACUCCAUCUGGAGGAGGAGGGGCUUUUGGUCAAUUCACAUGGGUUCCUGAGAGUCAUCAUGGACAUGAUGGAGGCAAUCCCACCGGCGGUGCCGGUGAAAUUGGAGGGGUUGUGGAAGGCCAAGGCCUUUCAUUAUCUCUAUCAACUUCAUUGCAGCACUUGGAGGCAGCCAAAGCUGAGGAAUUCAGGAUGGGAUCAGAUAGUGCAGGUGGGUUACUAUAUUACAACAAUCAAGGAGAUCAUCAAGGCUCAACCAAUCAGUACAAGAAUUUAGGAGCUCAUCAUCAUCAUCAACAUCAUCAAAGCCAGCAGCAGCAACAGCAGGCAUUGCACAGUUUGCAGCAAGGAGGGGUUGUGGGAGGACAUGUUGGGUUUGGGUCAUCAUCAGGAUCAGCCUCAUCAUUUGGAGUUGUGAAUGUGUUGAGGAAUUCCAAGUAUGUGAAGGCAGCCCAAGAACUGUUGGAAGAGUUUUGCAGUGUAGGGAGGGGUCAGCUCAAGAAGAACAAGUUUGGUGGGACUGGUGGUAGGCAUAACUCCACAAACCCUAGUUCCAAUCCAGCUGGCAGUGGUGGUGGUGGUGGUGCCUCUUCAUCUUCAUCAAAGGAUGUGCCUCCUUUGUCAGCCGCUGAUAGGAUUGAACACCAAAGAAGGAAGGUGGACCGUAGGUACAACCACUACUGUGAGCAAAUGCAAAUGGUGGUGAACGCAUUCGAUCUGGUGAUGGGUUUCGGGGCGGCGGUGCCGUACACAGCCCUAGCGCAGAAGGCCAUGUCACGGCAUUUCCGGUGCCUAAAGGAUGCGAUAACGGCACAGUUGAAGCACAGCUGUGAGUUACUGGGAGAAAAAGAUGGUGCGGGGACCUCAGGAAUAACAAAAGGAGAAACGCCAAGGUUGAAGAUGCUAGAGCAAAGCCUAAGGCAGCAAAGAGCAUUUCAUCAAAUGGGCAUGAUGGAACAAGAAGCUUGGAGGCCCCAACGAGGCUUGCCCGAACGCUCUGUCAACAUCUUGAGGGCCUGGCUUUUUGAGCAUUUUCUUCACCCGUACCCAAGCGAUGCUGAUAAGCAUCUGUUGGCACGACAGACUGGUCUAUCGAGAAAUCAGGUCUCAAAUUGGUUCAUAAAUGCUAGGGUUCGAUUGUGGAAACCCAUGGUGGAAGAGAUGUACCAGCAAGAAACCAAUGAAGAAGUUGGGGGUGCAGCAGCAGCAGCAGCUGAUCAUCAUCAUCAAGAUCAGAGAGAACGUAACAACCAAAACCAAAAUAGUAGUGGCCUCAAUGCACAAACUCCAACGCCUACAACGACAGCUGCCACAACAACAACGACAACGACGCCAACAACAACACCAACGACAACAAAUUCGCCAACAGGCAAAAGAUCCGAAAUCAAUGCCUCCGAAAACGACCCUUCACUCAUCACAAUCAAUAGGCAGCAGCAGCAGCUGCAGCACCACUUGCAACAGCCCAUGAUGGCCACCACCACCGCAAGCGCGGUGGCGCUGCCUGCAUCGCAAUGUUUCGCCACCACAUCAACCACUGCAAAUGAUAGGCUGGCUUCCGAGGACACAUGUCGCCGAGGCAGCAUGGUGGCAGCGGAUUACGGGACCACCUCGGGUAAUGCACAUAUUGCAGCUCAUGAUCAUCAAAGUAGUAGUAAUAUUGGGUCUUCUACUACGCUUAUAAGCUUUGGGACCACCACGGCAGCUGGUGACGUGUCACUCACUCUAGGGCUUCGCCAUGCUGGUGGUGGAAACAAUAUGCCCGAGAAGAAUCCUUCUUCUUUCUCCAUUAGAGACUUCGGGGGCUGUUAA